AUGACCAUCCAAACGCUCCGCGAGAUCUCUGCGUAUAAUCUGCGCACCUUCAAACGCAACUAUGUUGCCGAAAUCUCAGGAUCACUCGGCGACUUGGGCACUUUUCUACCCAUCGCGAUUGCGCUGGCUGUCAAUGGCAGCGUGUCACUGGCCAGCACGUUGAUUUUCUCCGGAGUGUACAACAUCCUGACGGGUCUCUUCUUUGGCAUUCCACUGCCGGUGCAACCCAUGAAAGCCAUCGCCGCGGUGGCCAUUGCCCGCAAUUUUUCCAGCGGCGCAAUUGCGGCUGCGGGGAUUUUUGUCGGAGGUUGUCUGCUGGUCUUCAGUCUGACCGGUCUGCUUCGCUGGUUCGCCAAUGUCAUUCCUGUCCCCGUUAUCAAGGGCAUCCAGACCGGUGCGGGCCUGUCAUUGAUCCUCUCGGCAUGUGGUGGCAUGCUGCAUCCACUGGGGUGGGUGGAACCAUCCUGGGCGGACAAUCGAAUUUGGGCGAUUGUGGCAUUCCUCGCAUUGAUGAUCACCAGUGUCUGUGGGCGGGUCCCAUAUGCACUGGUGCUAUCUGCCAUCGGGUUGGUAUUUGCAAUCAUCCGCACCGCGGUGGCGGAGCACCUCCCUGCGUUGGGUAUUUGGCAUCCAUGGUUGGUCGUUCCCACAUCUCAUCAGUGGUGGAUGGGUGCGGUAGAUGCGGGUAUCGGACAGAUUCCCUUGACGACGCUCAACUCGGUUGUUGCGGUUGUGUACUUGGCAGGCGAUCUGCUACCCAAUGUACAGACUCCAUCCAUCUCCCAUGUCGGGUUGAGUGUGGCUGGAAUGAAUCUCUUGGGCUGUUGGUUCGGAGCCAUGCCGGUCUGCCAUGGAUCCGGCGGAUUGGCCGCACAGCACCGCUUUGGUGCUCGUUCCGGCGCCAGUGUCAUCUUCCUGGGAAGUCUCAAGCUGGUCAUCGGCGUAUUCUUUGGAAAAUCCUUGAUUGAUCUACUCAGGCGCUUCCCUCAUGCCUUCUUGGGGGUCAUGGUCAUUGCUGCGGGACUGGAGCUCUUAAGUGUGGGAGAGAGUCUCAACACACGGGGGGCUAGGGAUCUCAGUGGGACUGAAGGUUCUUGCAGCGAGGAGGAACGAAAGCGUCGGUGGACCGUGAUGAUGGUCACCGUCGGCGUUUUGGUCGGGUUCAAGAACGAUGCGAUGGGAUUUCUGGCCGGGAUGUUUUGUCAUUGGGCGUACCAAAUCCCCAGCUGGUGGGAACAAGGACGCAGUCGCUUGUCUCAAGGGCGCCUUCGUCUCCCCUGA